GAAGUCCUUCACUCUCCUUGGCUGAGGACAGAGCUGAGGAGCAUCUCUCGCAUCAAUGGAUUUGCGUAGAUGGGUUUGGAGUGUGUGUGCAGUGGUUGGCUUGGUGCUCAUUGUCAGUGAGUAUUCGCAGUGUGAAAUAACCUGGGAAGUCCCUCGCUUCGACGGCUGGUACAACAGUCUGGGAUAUCCCAAACGCGGAGCUGUCGGUUCUCGGCUCGUGCGCCUCGUGCCCGCGCGCUACUGGGACGGAGUCUACCAACCUGUUCAUGAGCCGCUGGAACCAAACCCCCGCAGGCUGAGUCGGCUACUGGCUAAAGGGCCCUCCGGUAUGCCCUCCAAACGCAACCAGACCGUGCUGUCUCUGUUCUUUGGUUAUCAUGUUGCUUUUGAAAUAUUUGACUCAAGAGCUUGUGGUUGUCCACCUGAGUUCAUGAACAUCCAAGUCCCAAAAGGUGACCCUGUUUUUGACCCUGCCAACACUGGAAAUGUUCUGCUGCCCUUCCAGCGAGGACCAUGGGACAAAGAGUCUGGGCAGAGUCCUAGUAACCCUCGCACACAGGUGAAUUCAGUGACAGCAUGGAUAGAUGGAAGCUCCAUUUAUGGCCCCUCUGCGUCUUGGUCUGACUCCAUGAGAAGUUUCUCUGGAGGGCUCUUGACUUCAGGCUCAGAGGUGAACAUGCCAAAUCAGGGAGGAAGUCACAAUAUCAUGUGGAGUGUGGCCGAUCCCUCAACUGGAGAACAUGGACCGCACAAUCUUUAUGAGUUGGGAAAUGCUUGGGCCAAUGAGAACAUGUUCACAGCAGCAGAGGGGAUUAUCUGGUUUCGCUACCACAAUUAUGUCGCCUCCAGGCUGCAUGAGGAACACCCAGGGUGGUCAGACGAGGAGCUGUUUCAAACUGCCCGAAAGACCGUUGUGGCCACAUUCCAGAAUAUCGCUGUCUAUGAAUGGCUGCCUGCAUACCUCGGAGACAUAAAGCUUCCUCCUUAUCCAGGCUACCAGAAGUUUGUCGAUCCAGGGAUCUCUCCUGAGUUUCAGGCUGCCAUUCGAUUUGGUAUCACUUUAGCCCCACCUGGUGUUUAUAUGAGAAACAGUACCUGCCAUUUUCGAAAGAUUAUCAACAUAGAUGGGAGCACAUCGCCUGCAAUGCGCCUUUGCAACAGCUUUUGGAAAAGACAGAGAGACAACAUGAAGACAGGCCAGGAUGUGGAUGAUCUCCUCAUGGGCAUGGCUUCUCAGAUUGCAGAGAGAGAAGACAAUAUUGUAGUGGAGGACUUAAGAGACUACAUGUACGGACCAUUAAGAUUCACCCGCACAGAUCUGGUGGCUAUGACCAUUCAGAGAGGAAGAGACUUUGGUCUACAAAGUUACUCUGAGUUGAGAAAAGUUCUGGAUCUGCCUCCUGUAGAGAGAUUUGAAGAAAUUAAUCCCGAGCUCAACAGCACUAACCCACAGCUGCUCCGCGCUGUGGCAGAACUGUACAGCCAAGAUAUCUCAAAACUGGAGCUCUUCCCUGGAGGACUGCUGGAGUCUCUUGAUGGUCCAGGUCCAGUUUUCUCUGCCAUAAUCCUGGACCAGUUUGAGCGCAUCAGAAAUGGUGACCGCUUCUGGUUUGAAAACAAGCAGAAUGGUCUGUUUACAGAUGAGGAGAUUCAGACGAUCCGUAAUGUCACAUAUCAUGAUGUCCUUGUUGCAGUCACAAGUGCAGAGGACAGUGAUAUACAAGAUAAUGUCUUCUUCUGGAAAGAUGGUGACCCCUGUCCUCAGCCAACACAGCUGCAGGAAUCAAUGCUACAUCCCUGCACUAAUGCUACAAAACUUAAUUACUUUGAUGGGAGUAAAGCUGGCUUUGGAAUAUUUAUUAUCAUUCUGUUUCUCUUCCCUGUUGUGAGUUUUUUUGUGGCCUGCAUGGUAGCUUGUUUUCGGAAGUACAGGUACAGGAAGUUCCAGAGAAGAAGGAGAAAAGCUGGUGACAGAACAGAGGAGCCAGCUGUGGGAAUCACUGCAUAUGAGUGGCAGGGCAAUAAAAACCCGCUGCACCUGGUCAGUGUGGUGUUCGCGAAAAAGAGGCUACAGGUGUUCGACAGAUCAGGUUCCACUCACCGCUGUCUCAAUCUGGGAAAUCAGGAAAACUUAGAUGUCCUUCUCUCCAGCGACUGUCACCAUAAAGCUCUGCUUCUCAAAGUACCAAAAGAGUAUGACCUGGUACUGUUUUUUGAUGAGGAGAGCAAACGCGCAGAAUUUGUCAAGCAUCUGCACAUGGAGGUGACAGACAUCAGGCAGCAGAUUAAAGUGACAGAGAUUAGAGAGAAGAAACUGCUGAAGGAGGCUAUUACCAAAGAGCAGAGGGCUCAGAUUGUGGAAACUUUCAUUCGACAUGCUUUCUCUAAGGUCUUGGAAAUAGAGAAGUGUGAUGCCGGAGAUAUGAGUGGUGUUUCCCGCAAAAGAGCCAGAGAAGUUCUCCAGUGUGAGCUGACAGCAGCAGAGUUUGCUGACGCACUUGGCCUCAAGCCUGACUCCUUAUUUGUAGACUCCAUGUUCACACUAGCUGAUGAAGAUGGAAAUGGUUACCUCUCCUUUCAAGAGUUUCUUGAUGUUAUUGUUAUCUUCAUGAAAGGGUCUCCUGAGGAAAAAUCCCAACUGAUGUUUUCCAUGAAUGACAUUGGUGGAACUGGCUACUUAUCAAAAGAAGAAUUUGCCAGGAUGCUCAGGUCUUUCAUUGAAAUCGCCAACAGUUCUCUGUCAAAGAAACAGGCAGAGGACGGCAUCAAGGCCAUGAUGCAGGCCGCAGGCUUUGAUAACAAGGAGAAAAUCUCAUGGCAGGACUUUCACUUCCUCUUGAGGGACCAUGAAAAGGAGCUACAAUUUGCUCAACUCAAUGUCAAAGGGAUGGAGAAGCAGGGGAGGAAACGGCUGAGUCGAGACCAGAGAGUGUCCUUCAUUUGUCCAGCAAACAGCAGCAACAAGGGAGAAGGGCUGGAGUUACGAAGACGAAAAAAGUUAAGUGUAAUUACCCCAAACGUCUAUGUGAAGCCCAAGCGUGAUCAGUAUAUCAGGAACCCAGUACAGCAGAAAAUCCAGCAGUUCAAACGCUUCAUUGAGAAUUAUCGUCGUCACAUUGUGUGUUUCAUCAUUGUGUACGGCAUCACAGCUGGAGUGUUGACGGAGCGAUGUUACUAUUAUGGUUUGCAGGCUGAAUCUACGGGAGUGCCUGCGACAUCAGUGGUGGGCAUCAUCAUUGCUCGUGGCACGGCAGCUGCCGUCUCCUUUCUGUUUCCCUACAUGCUUCUCACUGUGUGCCGUAACCUCAUCACGCUGUGUCGAGAGACCUUCCUCAACCAAUACAUCCCCUUUGAUGCUGCCAUAGACUUCCAUCGAUUCAUGGCCAUGACUGCCAUCGUCCUCACAGUUGUUCAUAGUUUGGGCCAUGUGGUCAACGUCUACAUAUUUUCUCUCAGCGACAUCAGCAUCUUGUCGUGUCUGUUCCCCAAAGUCUUUAACAACAAUGGGUCUGAACUUCCUCCCAAGUGGUACUGGUGGUUCUUUCAGACUGUUCCAGGGAUAACUGGUGUCUUGCUUCUGUUUACAUUUGCAUUCAUGUAUGUGUUUGCCUCUCAUUAUUUCCGUCGCAUCAGUUUUCGUGGAUUUUGGAUCACUCAUUACCUCUACAUUGUUGUGUACAUUCUAACAGUUGUUCAUGGCAGCUUUGCUCUGCUCCAAGAGCCUCGUUUCCACAUCUACUUAAUUCCCCCUGGUCUCCUCUUCCUGCUGGACAAACUAAUCAGCCUGAGCAGGAAGAAGGUGGAGAUCCCUGUUGUCAGAGCUGAACUGCUACCCUCAGGUGUGACACAUCUGGAAUUCAAGCGACCCCAGGGCUUUGUGUACCGUUCAGGCCAGUGGGUUCGAAUAGCAUGCCUGAUGUUGGGCACGGAUGAGUACCAUCCAUUCACACUGACCUCAGCACCUCAUGAAGAGACCCUGAGUCUCCACAUCCGAGCCGUGGGUCCCUGGACUAGCCAGCUCCGAGAGCUCUACACUGAAGAAAAUCUCCUUGAGCUUGGUGCCUAUCCAAAGCUGUACUUGGACGGCCCGUUUGGUGAAGGCCAUCAGGAGUGGAUUGACUUUGAGGUGUCUGUUCUGGUGGGGGGAGGAAUAGGAGUCACACCAUUUGCCUCCAUCCUCAAAGACCUGGUGUUCAAGUCCUCCAUCAAAUCCAAGAUUCUGUGUAAAAAAGUGUAUUUCAUCUGGGUGACACGGACACAGCGUCAGUUUGAGUGGGUGUCGGACAUCAUCAGGGAGGUGGAGGAAAUGGACACCCAGGAACUGGUUUCAGUUCACACUUAUAUCACACAGGUGGCCGAAAAGUUCGACCUUCGCACCACCAUGCUGUACGUGUGUGAGCGCCACUUUCAGAAGGUGUGGAACCGCAGUCUCUUCACUGGCCUGCGGUCUGUCACUCACUUCGGCCGUCCGCCCUUCGUGUCCUUUUUCAGCUCGCUGCAGGAAGUUCACCCAGAAGUGGAAAAAAUUGGUGUAUUCAGCUGUGGACCUCCUGGACUCACCAAAAACGUGGAGAAAGCUUGCCAACAGAUGAACAAGAGGGAUCAGGCCCAUUUCUUACAUCACUAUGAGAACUUCUAACAGGUUCUGGGCUUUGGACUGCAUGGUUACAGCAAUGAAAAGAAAACAGUUAUACUGAGUUGUGUUUUUUAACACACAUUCACACAGCUAUAUUGGUAGGUUUUGAUGUUGAAUAAAUUUAAUCUGAGUAUUAAAGUGAAGGUUACUUGUUUCCAUUUGAUUAAUUUUUUUACACACUUGUUCUCUAAUCAUGAAAAUUACUGUUACAUUGAUUGCAAUCAAGACGGGGAAUAUUUAUUCCAGGCAAUGCCUCAAAGAUGCAAAUACUUCAAAUAAUUAGUUAAUUUCUUUGAUUGUUGAUCAUGUAAGUAGGUCUAAAGUAUUUCUUUGACUUGUGCUCUUAUUUGCAAAUGUGCAUAUAUGUUUUUGAGAUCACAGUGUAUGGCUGGUUUAGUGUUAUACAUAUUUUUGUGUGAUAUAUUUAGAAAAAAAAAGCAUUUUAAACUAAUUAUUUUAUCAUGUCAAUGUCUACAAAUCAAAUGCAAAAGUAAAUUGUUGCAUCUCUCCGGAGGACAUUAGAUUAUGGAGGAACUUUGGGUUUUUGUGCAACAAAUGCUUUUAUGGCUCCUUCUGAUGACUCUUGCUUUUGGAUUAAAAUUACACUUGAAUUAA